AUGUCCGCCCAAGCCCUUUAUAACGCGGCCCGCGCCGCCGCUGAGGAAGCUCCUCGGAUACCGCAGCAGCUCGGCGAUACCAUGGCUUCCUCGCUCCCCUCGCUCCGCACCGUCUCCAAGCUCGCCCUCGGCGGCGCCCAGGUCCUGCUGGGCGCAGGCUCGUCGGCGCACGCUGGCACCUCCAAGAGCUGCUCCGCCGACGGCGCGCUGUCGUGCCAGAACACCACCGUCCAGACGGACCUGUGCUGCUUCAACGCGCCAGGUGGCCAGCUCCUGAUGACCCAGUUCUGGGACACCCAGCCCGUGACGGGUCCCGUUGAUUCGUGGACCAUGCAUGGUCUUUGGCCUGACCGUUGCGAUGGCACGUACGAGGCAUCUUGCGACUCCUCCAGAGCUUAUACGAACAUCACCGAGAUCCUCGAGUCCUUCAACGCCAAGGACACGCUUUCGUACAUGCAGACAUACUGGAAGGAUUACAAUGGAAAUGACGAGACUUUCUGGGAGCACGAGUGGAGCAAGCACGGCACCUGUAUCUCGACGCUGAAGCCGUCGUGCUACACGGACUACGAUCCGACUCAGGAGGUGCCCGAUUUCUUUGACCGCGCCGUCGCCCUGUUCAAGGCGCUGCCAACAUAUGAGUGGCUGUCCGCUGCAGGUAUCACGCCCUCGACCUCGAAGACGUACACCUCGGCCGAGAUCCAGGCCGCGCUCAAGGCGAAACACGGCCAAGAAGUGACGAUCGGCUGCAAGAGCGGUGCCUUCAACGAAGUCUGGUACCACUACAACGUCCGUGGCUCCGUCCAAAGUGGUGACUUCGUCGCCGCCGAGCCCGACGGAACGAAGUCCACCUGCCCCAGCAGCGGCGUCAAGUACAUUCCCAAGAGCUCUGGCGGUGGCGGCACAACGACCACGGCCACGGGCACGGCGACGAAGACCUCUACCACCGCCGUCCCGACCAGCACCGGCUCCUUCUCCGGUAAGGGCAACCUCAUGGUCCAGGUCAACGGCGCGCAGAACGGCUGCAUUAUCUCGGCAGGCGCGUGGUACACGACGGGCACCUGCGCCACCUUCACGGCCUCGGCUAGCGGCGACGGCUUCACUCUGUCUAGCAGCAAGGGCAAGUGCGGCAUCGCCGACGGCGAGCUGACUUGCGGCUCUGGCGUCAGCGAUGCCACCGUCUUCACGGCUGCGGAUGGCAAAUUGGCGUAUGAAGACAGCACGGCUUUCUACGCCGAUACGGUGCCGUCCGGUACGACCAAGGGCGUUGUUUACACCAGUGAUCACGACGUGGCAAUCGCGAUUACCUGGACCAGCGCGUAA